UCGAGUCCCCCUUAUUAGGUCGCCACUGCGGAUGGUCGUACUCGUAUUAGAAUUUACAAGACUGAAAUAAUUAAUGCCUAAUAAAUUAGGUAAUUUAGCAAGAGCCGCAAGGAAAGGCGCACGUAAAACCAACGCGACAAAAGUAAAACCCACCAAACCUAAAUUUAACUCAAACCCAAUUGCGUCCUUUCCAAUAAAUACUCUUCAAAUACCAAAACCCUCUCUCUCUCUCUCUCUCUCUCUCUUUCUAUCUCUAGGAAAUUUCCAGGAAGCUCACUCGCUCCAUGGCUCCCCUCAACCAUUUAACUCCCGCUCCUUCCACUCCCCUUCCUCUCAACCCCCAAUCCUCCUCCUUUUCUCCCCUCUCUCUCCUCUCCCUUCGCUUUUGGGGUGAAUUCGCACCUGCUAAUUUCACACUCCAAUUUCCAUCAUGAAGCUCGCCAAGAUUGUUCCCGCCAAGCUCUUCAGAUCGAAGAAAUCGCGCUCGGUUUCCAGAUCCGAGGCCGAGCCGUCGUCCUUCAGCUCCCAUACGACGUCCUCCUCCUCCUCCUCUGAGGACGGCGGCCUCAAGAGGCCGGCCGGCCUUUCCACGCCGACCAGCGUCCUCCCCUCGACCUCCGCCGGCAUGUCGACGGAGGAGUGGACGGAGAUAUCCGCCGCCGUCUACUUCGAGCUGAAGCAGGCGUUCGAGAUGAUCGACCGCGAUGGCGACGGGAAGAUCACCAAGGAGGAGCUCGAGUCGCUCCUGAGCCGGCUCGGCGCCGAACCUCCGAGCAAGGAGGAGCUGCGGCAGAUGCUCAGCGAAGUCGACCGCGACGGAGACGGCUGCAUCACGCUGGAGGAGUUCCACGCGAUCGGAUCGGCUUUCGCGCCGUCGACCGACAGCUCGGAGCUGAGGCACACGUUCGAUUUCUUUGACUCCGACCGCGACGGGAGGAUCACGGCGGAGGAGCUCUUCAGCGUAUUCAAGACGAUCGGCGACGCGCGGUGCACGUUAGAGGACUGCCGGCGCAUGAUAAGAGGCGUAGAUAGAAACGGGGACGGGUUCGUCUGCUUCGAGGAUUUUACUCGUAUGAUGGAGCAUCAGCAGCAACGAUGAAUAUUUCAUUGUUUUCUUUAUUUCUUUAAGAGAAAAAUAAAAAGAAAUGAAAAAUCGUCAUUUGCUGCUCCGAUAUUUUCACCAUCA